UUCAUAUACUUGCCAUGGCUGCGCCAUCUGAUUCUAAAACCUCAAACUCAUUUAUGCAUCAAUUCCUCCAAGAAAAUUCUUACCCUGAGGAGCUAAGAGAAUCCAUCAUUUCACUACCCAAAGAGGAAGGUUGGCUCGCUCCUCAUAUUUAUAACUACAAAGGGUUUUGGUUUGAUCCUCAGUUCUUGUACGGUGCUCUUAGAUGCCAACAACACUUCCAGGCUCAACAUUCUGAUAUUAUACUUUGUACCCUCCCUAAAUGCGGCACCACUUGGUUGAAAGCUCUCGUAUUUGCUUUGACCACUCGAAAACAAUUCCCAGUAUCACAAUUAGAAACCCACCCUUUACUCACAACAAGUCCUCAGGACUUGAUUCGCAACAUGGAAUUUUGUUAUGCAAGACAAAACAGCUCCCCUGAUUUCCCCACUAUGAAUAAUAGGCUAAUGUCUACGCAUUUACCACUAGAAUUGUUGCCCAAAUCGGUCGGGGAAUCAAAAUGCAAGCUCAUUUAUCUGUGCAGAAACCAAAAGGACACGGUGGUGUCGUUUUGGCACUUCAUCAAUAAGGUGAGGGUUGAGCUUCAUGGCCAGGAAGCUAUACCGUUUCCAGAGGCAUUUGAUAGAUAUUGCAGGGGAGCAAGUAGCUUUGGGCCUUUCUGGGAUCAUAUGUUAGGAUACUGGAAGGAGAGCUUGGAGAGUCCUAGGAAGGUGUUGUUCUUGAAGUACGAGGAGAUUAAGGAAGAGCCGGAGGUUCAUUUGAGGCGAAUGGCGGCGUUCUUGGAGUGCCCAUUUUCUGAGGAGGAAGAAGAGAGUGGUGUAGUAGGUGGAAUCUCGAGGCUUUGCAGCUUUGAAAGCUUGAGCAACUUGGAGGUUAACAAGACUGGUAAGAGCUCUCAUAGGCCAAAUAAUGUGUAUUUCAGGAAAGGUAAGGUUGGAGAUUGGAGGAACCAUCUAACUGAUGAAAUGGCCACCAGACUUGAUCAAAUUGUUGAAGAAAAGUUCAAAGGGACAGGGCUCAAGUUGUGAUGUGAUCAUAUCACAAUUAAGUCUCUCUCAUCUUCUAAAAUCAUUGCAUGUGUUGAAAUUUCCCUUAUUACUAUUUUAGUUGUUCUGAAAUAAUUGGUAAUAAUAUAAUAAUACAUCUAUAAGUUCAUAAGAUCCACUAUUAUAUGUGAGUUCAAAAGAUCGACUCUGAGAUGUAUGUGUGUGUUGAGAAAGUUGGUAAAAUCAAAUACAUAUUAGUGACACAAUUGUGUGAUACCUAUUGUUAUAUGUCAAUGGAAAAAAAAAUCUACUUUUUUUUUUGUGUGGUUUGAAUUGUAACAAUGUGAUGAACAAGUGCGUAGAGAAUCAUUUUGUGAUUGUGCUUUAA